GCCCGGGACGCGUCAACGAGCCAAUCAGCGCCACUCAAUCAGCGAGCGCACAAAGACGAGGGGGGAGCGGGGGGCGACGCGCGGCGCCGCGACUUCGCGCAGCGGCAGAGAUCGGCGCUGCGCUCGUGGCCGGACGCAGCAGCAGCAGCAGCUCGCAGCGCCGUCCCCUGCCCGCAGCCCCUCCGCGGAGUCCUCCUCCCUCCCUCCCAAGCGACCGCGCCAAGCCCGGGUGGGCGCGCUUCCAUCUCUUCUCGCCACCGCCGCCGAUCCUCCUCCUCCUCGUCCUCCUCCUCCUCGUCCUGCAUCUCCUCCUCCGCCGCUCCUCCCGUCAGCAGCUGCGACCCCCCGCACGACUUUACCGAGCGAGCGACCCCGCCGCGGACGAGGGCGCGCGCGGCCUCCUUCUCGUGCGUCCCGAUGCGAGAGCCGGCCCUAGCUGCGAGCGGAAUGGCCUACCACCCCUUCUUCCCCGGCCGGCCGAGCGACCUCCCCAUGAGCGCCCUGCUCGCCGCGCAGCCCCCGUUCUUCCCCGCGCUCGCGCUGCCGCCGGGACUCUCCGGCUCCCUCGGGAAGGGGAUGCCCGGCGACCCCGGCCUCUCGGUGUCCGCGCUGAGUCACCAGGCCGCGCACCUGCGCCACCUCAAGGGGCUGGAGGCGGAGGAGGCCGUGGAAGAUGACCCCAAAGUGACGCUCGAAGCCAAAGAUCUGUGGGACCAGUUCCACAAGUUCGGCACGGAGAUGGUCAUCACCAAGUCCGGCAGGAGAAUGUUCCCGCCCUUCAAGGUGCGAGUGUCGGGUCUGGACAAGAAGGCCAAGUACAUCCUGCUCAUGGACAUCGUGGCGGCCGACGAUUGCCGCUACAAGUUCCACAACUCUCGCUGGAUGGUGGCGGGCAAGGCCGACCCCGAGAUGCCCAAGCGCAUGUACAUCCACCCCGACAGCCCGGCCACGGGCGAACAGUGGAUGUCCAAGGUGGUCUCGUUCCACAAGCUGAAGCUCACCAACAACAUCUCGGACAAGCACGGCUUCUUGCGGCCCUCUCUCCCGCAGACCAUCCUCAACUCCAUGCACAAGUACCAGCCGCGCUUCCACAUCGUGCGCGCCAACGACAUCCUCAAGCUGCCCUACUCCACCUUCCGCACCUACGUCUUCUCCGAGACGGACUUCAUCGCGGUGACCGCCUACCAGAACGACAAGAUCACACAGCUGAAGAUCGACAACAACCCCUUCGCCAAGGGGUUCCGGGACACGGGCAACGGCCGCCGAGAGAAGAGGAAGCAGCUGGCGCUCCACUCGCUGCGCACGUACGAGGAGGCGGAGGGCGAGGAGCGCGACGACGGCGACUCGGACGAGGAGCCCCCCCCGGGCUCCGCCAGCGCCUCGUCCAGACACACUCUCCCUGCCAGCCCGCUCUACUCCGAGCGGAGCCGCGACGACCGCGAGCAGCGAGGAGGCCGCGGCGGCGGCGGCGAGGACCGCGGCCUCGACCUCUCGGCCAAGGAGCUGCGCUCCCCGGGAGACCGCGCGGCCGCCGCGGCCGCCUUCUCCGCCUCGUCCUCCUCCUCCUCGUCUCGCACCCCGGAGCGCGAUGCCCCGCGUCACCCGGCGCGCUCCUCCUCGUGCCCCUCGGAGGCGUCGCGCCACCCCGAGCACAACGGCGCCGACAAGCACCACGACCCGGCGGGCAAGGCCCGCGACGGGGCCUCCGCGCGCGGCGGCGGCAAGGAGAGCUUCGCCCCGCUCACCGUGCAGACGGACGGGCCGCACGCGCACGUCGCGUCGGGAGCGCUGCACAACCUCGGCUUCCCGGGCCUGCACGGGCAGCCCUUCUUCGCGCCCAUCAACGGGAGCCACCCGCUCUUCCUGCACCCCGGCCAGAUGGCCAUGGCCUCGGGCGCCUUCCCGGGCCUGAGCGCCGGCAUGGGGCCCCUGCUGGCCUCCAUGUCGGGCGUGCUGGGCGGCGCGGACGCGGCGGGCGCCCCGCACGGCGUCCCCGCCUCGUCGGCCGCGCUGCACUUCCCGGGACUGCCCCACCACCUGCUCGCGUCGCAGGGCCUGCCCGUGUCGGCCUUCGGCAGCCUCUUCCCCUACCACUACACCUACAUGGCGGCCGCCGCGGCCGCGGCGGCGGCCGGGGCGGGCAGCCCCGCGCACCGGCACCCGCUGUUCGGCCGCCAGCACCUGCGCUUCAGCCCCUACUCGCUGCCCCUGUCCACGCCCCCGGCCCCCGGCGGCCCGGGCCUCCUGGCCGCGGGGGCGGCGGCCGCGGCUCCGCCCCCGCCGCCCGCGGCGCCGCCGUCCGGGGCGGCCGAGGCCGCGUCCGGCGUCGAGGGGAAACUUGGGGGGGCCGCGUCGCCCGCCCCCCCGAGGAGCCACGGCGCCAGCCCCGAGCGAGAGGGCAAGAGCGAGCUGCGGAGCAUCCAGCGGCUCGUGAGCGGCCUGGAGGGCGGCAAGCGGGGCGCGUCUCCCGGCAGGGGCAGCCCGUCCUAGUCCGCUGCCUGCCGCUCCGCCCCCCGAGCCUGCCGCUGCCCACGCGCGGGAGGGUGGGGGGGGGCAGCCGACCGACAAACACGAAGGCGUUCCGGCGCGCGCGCUCGCUGUGACGCCGGGGGUGACGCGAGCACGUACGCACCGAUGCCGACACACACGCACGCACGCGCACCCUUCAUGCCGACAGGAUCCGCCUACGCUCGGGCGGCGACGCGGCCCGGCGGCGGCGGCCGCCCCGAUUAAUACCGCGGUGGUGCGCAUUGGCCGUGACAACACCACGUGUCGUCUGCUUCGCUGCGGACGUUAAAGAUCCCGUGACGUCAUUAGCAGGGUCCAAGUUGGAAAAUAUUGCUCGAGUGGGAUUGGACGCCGCAAAAUCGUGGCAGCAGACUGGGGCCCAAAGUCUCGCUGGCAAUUGAGACUCUGUACUGGCCUCCUGAGUGCACACCUGGCCACACACACACACAGAAUCAACUUGGACUUGAAACGCUGAUGGCGACACAUUCUAGACAGACACUGACACGAGUGCGCAUGCACACGCUGGGACACACGGAGAUGCUCACACACGCGCACACACGCGCACACACGCCUUUGUGCCGAUCCUCCACAACACAGACACAACUCCCAUGUGUGUAGCAGAGUGGCGGCUGAAAUGCGCCAUGUCACACACAGACACUUUCAUCACCACGUUGAGUGCACACGCAGUGUACACACAGUGAGGAUACUCACACAGUACACACAGCCGUGGGUACACAGUGGACCGAGUACUCGUGCCGAGUCCACGACUCAACCACUGAUACUUGGGCCAGACUGUGCAGCCCGGCCACGUGAUCGCAACGAGAGGGAGAGCCACUGGGGGGGGGGGGGGGGGGCCCAUCCCCUCGGGCCCCCCCUCAUUGCCCCCCACCCCAACACUACAGAGGAACCACGUAGUGACCGGAGGAGCUGCGGACUGACUGCCCCUCUCCCCGUGGAGGGGGGCGGGGGGGAGAGCCCCCCUGGCCCUGUGGGCAACUCCCGGUGAGAUGGGGGGGGGGAGAGCCCCCCUCCCCCUCCUCACCUGCCCCCCACCUCUUUCAGCUGUGACAUAGUGUAGCGUCCAUGUCAUGUUCCAUGUAAUUCCAAUAUGAUAUUAACACGAGUAAUUAUAAUUAUAAUGAUGAUAAUACAAACCAUAACAUUAAUACAAUGAUGAUGAUGAUGGUAAUGAUGAUAAGUGAAGGUAAUCGCAGCUAUUUAUGUAAUUAUUCGGCCAAUACUGUGUAAAUAUCACGACCACACCGUCGCUCUCAUCAUCGGUUGCGUAGCCUGUUCCACAGAGUUCAUCAUAAUUUAUUGCACAUUCUGUAAAUAUUCACGUGUACAGUCGGGGGGCUAACCCGUGCACCCCCCCACCACCAUUGCCCCCCCCCCCCAUCGUUCCCCGCACCCCCCCUCGCUCCCCCACACCCCGCCCCCCCCUCCUGCUGCAGCUGCGGCGCUUCCCCAGCUCCCUGCACCCGCCUGCCUUACCCCCCCCCCUUGCAAUCCGCCCCCCACCCCCAAGCUGCCACCCUUGACCCCCACCCCUCAUCUCGUGGGCUGGUGGUGGGGGGGCGAAUUGAGGUGGAAAGCUGCGCCCGUCGAGGCGCUGGCUGCGUGGUUGGUUUGGGGGGAGGGGCCACCCCCCUCCGGGGGGGGGGGGGGGCUCGUGUUUCUGUCUCGUGAUGCUCUUUGUACCCC